AACAUUUCAAAAGGAUGUAAUAUUGAAUGUUAAAAAUUUCGAUUUUUUUCUCGUGUAAUCUUCAAGUUUUUAAUGUAUAUUUGAAAAUGUCAGACAAAAUGCAUUACAUUUUGUUAUCAAAAUAAAAAAAAAGAUCUGAUUCAAAAAUUAUCAUCGAUUCAACGAAAACAGCACGAUUAUGAAAAAAAGUUGUCCGAUCGGGGUCUAAAAUUUGUUUGAAGUCUGUUCUUAACAUGAGAAAAUCAGUUCAAAAAUCUAACCAUUCAAAGCAACUUAAAACACACAUAAUGUUUCAUUUGGUUUUUCUGCUCAGUUUGUCAAUGGGCGUGAUUUCAUCAACGUACUAUAAAAGCUCGCCUCAUUGAAAGGCACAACUUUGAACAGCUGCAAGUGUUGUACGAAGUGGUACUGUUUACAUUUUAGUGAAAUGGUUUCGAACAGUACAUUUCUCACACUGGGAUACACUUAUGGAGUAUGGCGGCUAAUCAGCUCAAUACUGUUAAUAGUUAACGUGUUCUUGAUGCAGAGCAGUGGGCCAUUCAAUAUCAUCUACAAGGUACAUCUUGCAUUAUCACUGAUGAUGACCCCAGUUGUAAUAUACGGAAUUUUUAUGCGUCGAAUAAUAUUCAUCGUGCUUCACUGGGUAUAUUUUACGAUUACGUCAGCGUUGCAAAUAAUUGCUUUAAUCACUGCCUGCGUGUUGACUGUUACAACGACCCGUGACAAAAUGUUCAACACUGAUCCAGAGCUGGCAGUCAUUGUGGAAACUUACCUCUACAUUGCUGGCAUCACUGCGUUGAUCGUUUAUUAUACCGGAGUCAGUUGGGUCCUCCAAGGAUUAGUCAAAACGAUCAGGCACGAAAAUAAAAUUACAAUCGAACGACAUCUAAGCUCGUUACAUUCCGUUAUUGAUUGAUUGUUGAUCUAAUAUAAAAAACUUGUUAUAAAUCACUUUACCUAAAAAUAAUCACACAACCCCCUUUUCAAAAGACCAUCCAAAACUUCAUUCCAAAAACCGAAAAAAGCAUUUCAUCCGAUCAAUUCUGCUUCAAUUACUCAUAAUUGAAACUCACCGAACCGAGUUUA